UACACAUCAAGAAUAACUGUGAGCAGUGAGGCAAUUGUGUGCAAUGGAGAAUCUUCGGGUGCUCGAGCUUUACAGUGGGAUAGGAGGAAUGCAUUAUGCUUUAAAUGCUGACCAAAACUGCUAAAUUGGAAGGGGUGGAAGGUCCAGGAGUACAGGAGUAAUGGGAUGGCAAGAGAAAGAUCAAGGAAGCCAUUCACAUCUGACACCAAAGAUAAAGAGAGUGGCAUACCUGGCCAGGUAGUGGCUGCUAUCGACAUAAACACCACGGCCAAUCAGAUCUACAGGCACAAUUUCCCCGACACCCCGCUCCUGAACAAGACCAUUGAGGGCAUAACACUAGAUGACUUCAAUAAAUUAUCUUUUGACGUGAUUUUGAUGAGCCCUCCCUGCCAGCCUUUCACCAGGAUAGGACUUAAGGGUGACAUUCAUGACCCCAGAACCAAGAGCCUCCUCUACCUCCUUGAUCUUCUGCCAAGGCUGCGCAGGCUGCCCCGCUUCAUCCUGCUGGAAAAUGUAAAAGGCUUUGAGAGCUCCUCUGCCAGGGAACUUUUGGUGAAAACACUGAUGGAAUGUGGAUAUACUUUCCAAGAGAUGAUGGUCUCACCCACAAGUGUUGGCAUCCCAAAUUCAAGACUGCGUUAUUUCCUGAUUGCUAAGAUUGCAACAGAAAACCUAAGCACCCAGACACGUUUAAAGAUUUCAGAUGCCUUCCCCUAUCCUGCUGAGAGGGAAUCCUCUGAGCAGCCCAUAGUCUUGAAUCCUACCCGCCCAUGUACCUGCCAGCCAGAAGAGGAAAUGCAGGGUGGUCAUGUCCUGUAUAAACUAGAGACAACACUUGAUGCCCAGAGAAAGAUGAAUCAGAACAACGAUCUAUUUGUCAGGCAGAUCCAAGAAUUCCUGGAACCACAGAUGGAAGUAAACAUGGAACACUAUCUCCUUCCUCCUAAAACACUGCUGCGAUAUGCUCUACUCUUGGACAUUGUUCAGCCCACGUGCAGAAGGUCUGUCUGUUUUACCAAAGGGUAGGUACAGUAGUCCCUAUCUUCACUUGUUUCAUUAUUAUUACAAUAAUAGUAUCUUAACUGCUGCAGCAUUGACGUUCAAAAGUAAUUCAGUUCAUUACAGUUUUACUUUGGAACUUGCCAAAUAAUACAUGCAAAGC